CAUAAAAGACUAAAAAUUCGAAAGUAGCCUAACUAUUAUAAUAAUAAUUGAUAAAUGUAAAUGAUUAAUGAAAUUCAUUCGACCAACGGGUCGAGAACAAAGCUAGUUAAUUAUAUAUUUGUAUUUUGAAAAGGGGACGGGAUAGCUUCAAAUACGUCUCCGCCACUGUACACAGAUGACUGCCGUUUCCGUCACUGACGUGUCGAUGAAUGGAAAAAUGCUGGAUAAUAAAUAUCGAUGUUUCUUCCCCCAGCCGAAACCCCACGCCGCCACCACUUCACGACACCGCCUCCGCCGGCAAUGCCUGCCUGCCGGCCGGCCACUCCUCCUCCCAUCCCAUAUCCCGGAUACAGCCAGUGUCCACGCGUCAUCAUUCUGGUCAAAGCGUGGGUUACAAUUUUAGGUCCAUGUUUUAAUCAGUCCAACUUGAUUAGAUCGUGAUUUGAGCUCACUUUGUAAUUUGGGCAUGUAAUUUGAGCUCACUUUGUAACUAAUUAUUUGCAGGUGCAUAUAUACAACCAUGACCCGCCACAAUAAUUAAAUGUUGAUUAGAUCAUUGAUGUCAAACGCUUGCGAGUCGUUCUUUUGAUUUUGUAGUCUGGUUACGGCAUAAGAUGUAAUGAUCUAUUCUUCACUAUAAAUUCCUCAAUUUUUAAGGAACACCUCAAAAUAAACAAAGCAUCUCAAAUCUUAAUUCGGAUGCCAUGGAAAAAAAAUCCAUGGAAACAGUGAGAGCAAUUUGUUGGACAAGGACCACUUACUAAUAAUGUGAUCCUAGGAAAAGGACAGUUCAACGUAUCUUGAUCUCGCAAAUAAUUAGCUAUGAGCAUUACACAUUGUAUGCAUGCUAUGCUAUUGCUAGCAAUAGAAAUAGAGAGAGAUCGAUAUGCUCACAAAAUUAUUCGUUCUCUAUAGAGGCAAAAAAAGUAUAUAAGGUAGACUGGCUCUGGCCAAUUAUGAUUAAUUUAAGAUGUUUAACUCCUUGAUUGAUUUUAAAUUAAGGGCAGGGAAUAAAAAUAUGGUGGCUACUACACUGCACAAAUAAAAAUAAGCGUAUAAAGUACAUUUCAAAUUGUAACCUCAAACCCUAACUCUAAAUUUUUCAAAUCAAAGUAAAACUGGAAUGAUUUUUUUGUGCAAAUUCCUAUGUUUCUUGUUUAUCAUAUCACAAGUGACUAUUGACAUCGUUUUGAUAUGGAUCUCCUGGUCAUAUUGACAAUUAUGAGGCUAGAUACAAAGUAAAAAAGUGAGUGUACCAAAAACAAAAUCAUACAUAUGAUAAUCACUUAUAUACUCCAGAAAAAUAUCGUACUCUGAGUGAUUUGGCAGUUAGAUAUACUUCGUUACAUUUGACAGAAAUGUAGUAGUCUUUUCUGUGGAAAUAAAAGAAAAGAAGAGCCACAUAGUAUAAAGUCUAUAUCAGCAUGAAUCUUCAACUGGACAAGAGAAAUGGGAAGGGACCAAAAAUGAAGAAGAAAGAGAAUAAACAAGGAUAAGGGUUAGGCUAGGUGUUGGCCUGGGUAUAUCAUAUAUGAGCCACUUCGCCAUUUCCAUUUUUUUUUUAUCAAUUUACUUCUUUUUUGUUCUCUUUUUUAUACAUGGACUUGAAACAAGUGUAUCAUCAAAAUCGUGCUUUAAAGUUUAUAUGUUUAGUUUUUACGUUUGUAGAUCACCAAAACGCAUUUAUGUAUAAUCACAGUUUUUAUAGCUAAUGUAGUUAAAAAUGCACUUUAAAGAUUAAAAAAUUAUGAUUUUACGCUUCUUUAUCACUUAAAAGCUUAUACGUAAAAACACGCUUUUGACUACAUUGGUGAUACUUAACUGCUUAUUUAUAAGUCCCAACGACGCAAAACCAACUUAUGAGUUUGAAAUUUGCACAGGUCCAUCAAUACUAUGUGCUUUAAGACAUCAAUUAAUAUUGGGGUUUGACUUUUGAGAGUAGUGGAACAUUCAAUCUCAAAGACAGUCUUGCUCUUGUAUCAUGUCAUCAACCAAAUCGAUCCAAAUAACUCGAAUUAUUAUGAAAUAUUUAUUUACGAUACGUAACCACUUCAUUACACAUACCAAUCUACGGGCCAGCCUAAGCUUCACUCUGUAAAGUGUAAACCAACUUUAAAACUCUGGGCCUCGCCAGUGAAGCCCACCAGCUUGCCUCCGUUAAUUUUCCCUCAUUAUAAUUUAUUUUUGUUAUUAUAAUGCCGGCUAAGUACAUUUAAAUGACUAAUUAAUUUGGUUGAUUUUAUCGAUAACCAUACUCGUCAACUCAAUUUGUACUUGCAUCCAUUAUAACUGCAAAAUAACCAACUUGCUCCUCACAUACCCACCACCACCACCCCCAAUAAUCAAAUCUUGAACCC